UGCUUGAGGGUGGAUAAAGAGUGCUUUGGAUAUCGAGAUCCUGAUACUUUAAGGAUGAUUGAUCAAAGCGAGGAGGUUGCGUCGAAAGCCCAAGCCCGAUAUAGUGCCGACGGCAAAUCAGAUCCCACCAAAAACUCUCAUGAGCAGUCGCCUUCCAAAGCACCCUUGCUUCAUUCGCCUGUCUCAAACUACCAGCGGGCCAUGGCUUAUAUCAUCUCAUACUACAUCGGUACCGACCAACAGCAUGGCUUACUUUCUUUUCUGUCAAGUCUACUGAAGAAUGAUCCCUCUCCUGCGUUAAUGGCAUCAGCCAAGGCUAUAGGGUUACUAGGCAUAGCGAACAUUCCUGACUUGAAAAAAUUGGCCAGGAAAGAAUAUAGCAUUGCUUUGUGUGCUACCAAUAGCGCCUUAAGAAAUCUAAAAACAGCAACAUCGGAUUCCACCUUAGGGGCCGUGGUAUUACUGGGCUUGUAUGAGUUACUAACAUCACGACCCACGAAAAUGAUCGGUGGCUGGAAGUAUCACGCCCAAGGAGCAGCGAGGCUCCUUGAAUUGCGAGGUGAGGAGCAGUUAAACUCGCCUGUAGGGAUCGAGUUGUUUACAGUUGUGCGCUUUCAGAAUGUGAUCGGCCGUGUCUUUUUCAGACUUAGUUGCCGGGCUUACAAUUCACCAAAGAUUGCGGCAUUGUCUAAAAUCUCAAUGUCCAAACGAAAUAAGCGUACGCGGCCAAUUGAAAGCCUCUACAAUAUGCUCGUCGAGCUGAGCGAUAUCGCUAUUCAAGUUGAUGAAGCGCACCUGCGAAGUGACCUCAAGAAGCAACAGUUCUUGAUCGAUAAAUCACUUCUACUUGAUGCGAGUCUACAGAUGUGGACUACAUCGCUAAGUCCAGCCUGGUAUUAUACCGUCAUUGAUGACCCGCGUUCCCAUUUGCCAAGUUCUACCUAUCCUCCUAUUUUUGACGAUAGAUAUCACACUUACCACGAUGUCUCCAUUGCCACGAUGUGGAACAAUUAUCGCCAAACGCGCAUCGUUCUCAAUGAGAUGAUUAGAGCGAUGGCUUUGCGCCUGUGGAGUUCACAAAAUGACCCACAAUACCAGCAGAUCGUAUCUCGGUCUAUUGGCAUUAUCGAUCAGAUGGCAGGUGAUAUUUGCGACAGUAUUACAUAUUAUUUCACUUCCGGUGAAAUAGGAUUUGGAAGCAUAUUUCGGGUGCUGUGGCCAUUGUUUAUUGUAGGCCGAUGCACAGCUGCAGGAUCUCCGGCUAAAGAGUGGACUGAGCAAAUUCUUGAUCUAAUUGGGAAAACUACGGGUAAUCAGCAGGCUAUUGGCAUGUCGCAGCUUCUCAAACAAGGUACACCAGCCAGCGUGAUCCCGGGGGUGGAUCUAGUCACUGAGUCAAUCUUCAACCAAGCGACUGGCGAGCAACCCAGUCUCCGGUAG